AUGAAAACGGAAAAUUUUCCAAGAGGACAAAGCGCUGGCCCGGAAGGUUCUCUCGUAGAAAUCCCUGAUCAUGGGGAACGCCAGCAAGAAGUAUGCCACAUCGGCGCUCCACUGCAAAGAGAAAUUGAAGCACCAGCCGCCGAAGCAGGACAGUCGUCUGAUUAUAAGAAACCGCAUGCCCCCCAUCUUUUGCCCGUCAUGGAGCCCGUUAAACCCUCCAGCGAUCCUCAGCUGAAGGAUGGUAGAAAAGAAAUGCCGUUUACGAGCGCUUUGCCUAUAGUCGUCCCCGAUGCCCCGCGCCUUGCCACUCAACAGCGGCAAGUCCAGAAGACCAAGGGGAAUGGGUCCAGCGCGGUUCCCGGAGAACCCGACACCUGUGAAGGAGAACCGCGAGCGCCGUCACCAGGUGACCCGCGACCCACACAAGCCUUUCCCGCCGUGGAGCCAUUCAAACGCACCGCAAGUGCUAAACUCAGUGAAGCCAGGACGGACCCGCGCUCUCCGAGUGCUUCGCCAGAUAAUGAAUCUGAUGGGGCCCGGGUUGGAUCUCGACAGGUCGAUGAGGAGGGUUCACGUCCUUUGUGCACCCUGCCCGCAGUGGAACUUCGGAAAAAGCCCGCUGGCAGCACCCUGCAGGAGGAGCAAGCCAAGGAGCUGAACACAACACAUGCUUUCCCCGUUGUGGAACCCGACGCAGUAUGUACAGAGGCACGUCGAAGUGAAGAGUUGGAGGACACACGUGCCGGCCACGCUUUCCCGCCCGUCGCAUCCGGUAAACAGAACACCGGAGCAUAG